UAUUCAACAGGGACAAACAACCGCUAGCUCGACUUGAAAGCAUUUACCAAUUUAGAAUUUGGACAGCAUUGAGGCCUAGGUGUUAUGUCCACCUCUACUGUAUUUCGGACAUCGACACUCUCGUGUCACCGAAUACUACAUCCAUGCUACAAAGUCGAGAUGCUCAAGUCUCUCUGGUCUCCAAACUUCUCCUUUGUGAGGACGUAUGCCUCGGCUGGCCCAGCACGCCGCACUGGUGAUGACAAAAUACCCUUUCGGGUCGUCCGCCUCGUACAUCCCGAAACGGGUAAACUUGAACCCCCAACUCGACUAUCUGACGUUCUCGAAUCUGUGGACCUGAAGGCUUUUCGGGUGGAGUUAGUUACGGAGGAGCCAGAGCCUAUCGUAAAAAUUGUGGACAGACGCGACUCAUAUCAGAAGUGGAAGGAACAGAAGAAGGCGUUCAGGAAGAGCGCGAAAGCAGGAGAGCAGAAGGAGAUACAGAUCACUUGGGGCGUCGAUGAUGGAGAUUUGAAGCACAAGAUCACAAAGAAAUUGCCCAAGCCCGAUGAAAUGGCAGCUCGCGUAUCGGAGAUCGCGUCAAUGCUAUUAGACAUUGCAAAGGAGUGGAAAGCACGCGACGUUCAGAAAACUACUGCUGUCAUGUCGUUCCAAAAAAACCCAUCAUGACAAGGAAAUGUAUAGUUCCUAGUUGCGGGCGGACAGAUAUUAUACACAUUUAUCGUACUUUUCCUCCAUUCUGCAACUUC